UGAGCUUUAACUGCGCUCCACCGCUCCAUCUUGAGCUGAAACAGAGAGCUGUCUUUUCUGUUGGGGUUGGACGAUUCGCUGCAUUUGUGCCGCCGCCAUGGCCCCGCGCAGCGGCGAGCGAAGCUAAGCUCGGUAAGGCUCACAGCAGCAUCCAUGCUCGGCGGCGAAGACCGGAUCAGCGCUCUGCCGGACGGCGUUCUCCAGCACGUCCUCGGCUUCCUGCCGGCGCGUGACGCCGUCCAGACGAGCGUGCUCGCCGGUCGCUGGCGCCACGCGUGGAGAUCCAUCCGUCGCCUGCACCUCAGCCCCGACGAUGGGUGGGACAGCGACAAGCCCGAACAUCUCAAGGAUUUCUUCGACGCUCUGCUGUCCCCCGGCGACCAUGACUCGAUUCUGGAGGAGGCCAAGCUGGACUUCGAUGAUUGGUCGAAGAUUACGCGCACGCCGAAGCUUGGAUCCGACGAAUUUUGUCCGGCCAAGCUCAGGUGCUCGAUGUCUCCUUCGCCAUGCUGGAAAACCCUUCUCUGGUCUCCCGGCAAAUGUACUGGUGAUGGUGACCAUGGCAGCCGCUGCGUGCUUCUCGGAGGUUUGUCCAGUGCUAUACAUUUGGAGCUGGUAGCUGAACCUGGAAUGAUUGCCCCUUUAUGCCUAAAGUAUGAAUUGUUCAUACUUUCACCAGCUUUAUUUGGAAGGGAUUUGAGGUGGUGUCCUACAUUUAGUAACUUGAAGACAUUGUUGCUCAAUGAGUGGUGUGUGGCUACUGACUUCCGUGCACUACUUUGCAUUCUCGAGCAUUCACCUGUUCUUGAGAAGCUCAUUCUUCGACUAUCUAAGAGACGGGAGUUUAUUACUGUGCUGAGCUAUCCAUUGGAAAAAUUACCUGCAAUAUCCAAACAUCUUAAUAUUGUGGAAAUCAGAUGUGGAGAUGUUGAUGGGAGGGUUUGCAGGAUUUUAAAGUUGUUGAGUCGUUUUGUCAGUGCCAUGCAGAUUAACAUCAAACUGGUUGCGCAACUAUCCACAUGCUUUAGUUUCGAGACAUGGCUUUGGCACUUUCCGGCCAAUGAUGAUGAUGAAUGCAAUAUAAUUGUGCAAGGCUAAAGUCUGGUCUUUUGUCUCUGCAAGUGCAACGUUGCACUGUUUUCAAUCUUAGAAGAGGCCUCUUAGAAACAGCAUGGAAUGAGCUGUACAGCUUGUUUGCGCUAUCUCAGCUAGUUGGACCUGGUUUAUCAUCGUGAUGUGUCGUGUUCUUUUGGUUAGAUGCAAAUGUUCCGCUGUCUGUGGUUUGCCUUUACUUUCAGUGUAGUUCCCUGACCCAUAAACAUAUUAUAUCGUUUCAAAUGCAUCAACUUGUUUGUGCUA